AUGAAUGCCUAUAAAGGAACCUCUGAAAAACCUAGUAAAAACAAUCAGAUCAAGCGUACUUUAAGAGAAUUUUACAAACUUGAUACACCUAUUGAAUUUGAAACACGACUACCAGAAUUAGAUACAGAUAACUUUAAUCUUGAAGAAUAUAUCAAAGAAACCGAGCGUAAUGAUCCAGAUAAACUAUUAAAACUGGAAAAUACAUUGAUCAAAGAAAUACGUAAUUUAGAAAGCGAAAAAAAGGUGCUUAUUUAUGAUAAUUAUAGGAAACUUCUUUCUAUUGCCGAUAUUAUUCAAAAAAUGAAAAAUGGGGCAGAAUCUGCAAAACCUAUUAUUGAUAUGUUAGGACCAACCUUGGAGCAUAUUGGUGCACUCUCGGAAUCUCUAAAUCAUUCACCAACAGAAGAAGAUACAAAAAAUUAA